CCUAAAUCUCUCCACAAAAUGGAACGGCCCCCCCUUUCUCCUCACUUCUGCUUCUGCAACUUCCAGCACCGCCGUCGCUGCAGCGAGCACGGCGACGCACCGCCACCACCGUGCGCAGCCACUGCCGCCGCCGCCAUCUCCAGAUCUCCCUCUCGUUCAGGUCAGCCGCCGCCGCGGAGGACGCUGUCACCUCGCGCAGCCCCAGCCACCGUCGCCUUCCCCUUCGUGCGCGUCGCUGCCGCCGCUGUGCAUGCACAAGCGGCGGCUCUGGCAUCUCCCCUACACCCUUACUACACCACCGGCAGCCUCCCCAACACUGCUACGGCUACUGACUCCCCUCUCCGACAACACCACAACCACCAUUUACUUUCUCCCGACAAUGGGUGAAAGUUACAAUAUUGAUGGUUGAUUUGGGGGUAUGACACUGUUUUCAUCGACGACGGAGUGCCGGAAAUCCGGAAGAUUCAACCUCUAAGAUAAGUCUCACUAACUGCCCUAUGUUAGUUCUCCUAUUUCAAUAGCUUGGGGAAAUAUUGGUUUUAGCAUGCUACUUGUAAGUUUUGGUGAAACUCGGAGCAUUUGUUGUGUUAUUGUGAGUUCUUGAUGUAAUAUGUGAUACAGUGGUGCCUAGCAUGUGUGUUCCUAUAUUUCAUAUCUAGUGUGAAUGGAUGUAUAUGCAUAAAGAAAAUGAAAGGAGGCUUGGGGUUACCUUUUUAUGUGGGGGCGGGGUGGUGUUGGAUUGGGGACUUGAUUCUACAAGUGUGUGCAAAUCUUCCUCCUUAGACUCUGUCCGAUAUGGAAAUUGAGUGGGCAGAGGAAAUAGUAUGUGGGGUGUGUGAAAGAAUUAUGUGGGGUUUGUGAAGGGGUGAUUAGGAUAUAUGAUGGUGAUGUUUUAUGGUGAAGGAAAGUGAGUAAAUAUACUGAUCUAUAAAAGAUGGCAAACGUAACCUGCAAUCAUUCUUGGAGAGAAUGUUCACCAUAGUGUCAGAGGAUGAGGAUUUUUUCCAUACUUCAUAAAUGUUGCAUUUAUUGUUUCUACUACUCAUCAAGUAGCAUUAAAUGCA